AUGGAAGAUACUCAGAUCAGCAUGACUGAGUUCAGCAAUGUGUUCUUCCUUAUCUUUGGACCCCUCAUCAUGUUCCUCAUGCAUCCGUACGCUCAGAAGCGCACCCGGGCCGUCUAUGGAGUCUCGGCCCUCUUCAUGGUCGUAGGUCUGUUCUCCAUGUAUUUCCACAUGACCCUGAGCUUCCUGGGACAGAUGCUGGACGAGAUCUCCAUCCUGUGGUUACUGGCCAGCGGGUACAGCGUGUGGAUGCCCCGUUGCUACUUCCCCAAGUUCACCAAGGGGAACAGGUUCUACUUCAGCUGCCUGGUAGUUUUGACCACUAUGAUCAGCACCUUCCUGACGUUCGUGAAGCCCACAAUCAAUGCAUACGCACUCAACAGCAUCGCCAUACACAUUCUCUACAUUGUGCGCAAAGAGUACAAGAAGUGA